AUGUCAGCUCACAAAGCACGACAUACUGAUGGCAAACCAAGAACGAAAUACCAGGCGACAGGCAGAAGCAAAUCAGCAAUGACAAAUCACCAAGCGAAAAAUACAGGCGGCAAACCAAGAACGAAAUACCAGGCGAGAAGCAGAAGCAAAACAGCAAUGACAAAUCACCAAGCAGGAAAUACAGGCGGCAAACCAAGAACAAAAUACCAGGCGAGAAGAACAAGCAACACAGCAAUGUCAACUCACAAAGCACGACAUACUGAUGGCAAACCAAGAACGAAAUACCAGGCGACAGGCACAAAGGAAUCAGCAAUGACAAGUCACCAAGCGAAAAAUACCGGCGGCAAUCGAAGAACAAAAUACCAAGCGACAAGCACAAGCAAAUCAACAAUGCCAAAAUACCAAGCAAGAAAUACAGGCGGAAAACCAAGAACAAAAUACCAGGCGACAAGCAGAAGCAAAACAGCAAGGACAAAAUACCAAGCAGGAAAUACAGGCGGCAAACCAAGGACAAAAUACCAGGCGAGAAGCAGAAGCAAAACAGCAAUGUCAGCUCACAAAGCACGACAUACUGAUGGCAAACCAAGAACGAAAUACCAGGCGAGAAGCAGAAGCAAAACAGCAAUGACAAAAGACCAAGCAGGAAAUACAGGCGGCAAACCAAGGACAAAAUACCAGGCGACAAGCACAAGCAACACAGCAAUGUCAGCUCACAAAGCACGACAUACUGAUGGCAAACCAAGAACGAAAUACCAGGCGACAGGCACAAAGGAAUCAGCAAUGACAAAUCACCAAGCGAGAAAUACAGGCGGCAAACCAAGAACAAAAUACCAGGCGAGAAGCACAAGCAAAUCAGCAAUGACAAGUCCCCAAGCGAGAAAUACAGUCGGCAAUCGAAGAACAAAAUAUCAGGCGCUAAGUACAAUCAAGAAAUCAACGAACCAAGCAUUGACCAAUCACCAAGCAAAAAACGUUGGCGGGAAACAAAGAACAAAAUACCAGACGACAAGUACCCACAACAAAUUCAGAUCAAACCCACACCGGAAAAGCUUUUUCCUAUCAUUCCUAUAUCCAGAGGAAAAAGUAAAUUCGGAAAAUACGGCAAGAUCAGACACUCGACUCUUAAACACUAUUUCAAAGCUCCUCGGUCCCCGUUUAACCAAAAAAAGGAACAGUGAUUCAUUGCAUAAAAAACACAAACAUAGACGUCUUUCUAGCAAUAGUAAGAAAUUCUUAAACCAAUACGAUUACCCAUCCAAUCGACAUUACUCAGGCAAUGGUCAACAAACAUCUGUAGACCAGACAAAUUUGUCUUCCGCUAGAGUCAGUUCUCCGUUAGUGAAAGAGACAACAGUUGUCAAGAAUAGAAGUACUUCUAUAUCUGACAUACAAAACAUAACUCGAACCUUACCUUUGAAACGUCGAAAUCAAAAAGCAAUCGACACACCAUUAAAUGGGAAAUAUCCUAUAUUGGAACGACAUCAACUCUCUCGGAAAGGAGAAAAAUCAAAGACAGUGGCUUCUAGUUUACGUCAACACGAUGAUGAUGAAAAUGAUGAAAAUGAGGACGAUGAUGAAGAAGACAGCGACGAAGCUUCUUCAAACAGAAAUGAACAUGAAUCAUAA